CUCCAGCGCCUUAACACACGAGGAAAGAAAAUAAUCCCACUUCCUCCACCUGCCGAGCCCCCUCACGAAACUCGAUCCACUCCCUUCCCGCCCAAAGGGAACAGCGGAGUGAUCUCCCCCGCCCAUCCUCCUUCGCGGCUAAUGGGCGGAGCUUCCGCAAUUCUGGGUAGGCGGUCAUGGUGGCCUGCCGCGCAUGCGCCUGCCGAGAAUGCCGCCGAAGAGCCGCUGAGGCUGCGUGCGCGGUGGGGAAGGUAGUCGAGGGUAACACGGCCGGUGAAGUGGACGGGUUGUCGUCCGCGCCCUGUCAAGUAGCGCGGAGUAGGUGAUGAACUUGUCGGCUCCCAGCGGCCUUCCUUCCUCCGGCUGUCGCCGCCAUUAUGUCCGUCACCGCCACUAUAGAACAGGAGUUCCAGGAGAUCGACGCUGCUAACGGCUGGCAGCCCCGGUACCUGGUGAGUGAGGGAGGGAAGGAGGGGGCCGCGUGUAGCGGGAAGAGAGAAUUGGGGGCCGACGCGGGUGGUGAGGGUGCAGGAAGUCGUCGGUCCACGACCAGCUUCCCCCCCUCCCCCAGGUAACCAUUGAGGUUGGGAGAAGUAAUGCGCAUGUUCCAGUUUUAAGAAGGGGCGGUGAUGAGCGAGAAAGAAUAAUAAAAGAGGGCUGAGGGGAAAACGCAUGCGCCUCGGGGGUCGGGCAAGAGGAGAAGGGGGCAUUUGGGCAGGUUAGUGCUGCGCAUGCGCCGGUGGGGGUAGGUUUAAGUUGCUUCGCACGGGUGGUGACGGGAGGGUUAAGUUCGUCAAGUGAAGUGUCGCAAGUUCCAGCCUCCGUCUCUCCAGGUUCCUGUCUCACACUUCUGUGUUUGCUCCGCGCGUAGCUGUGUCGUUCAGGCUGUCGCAAGUCGCCGUUUCGCUCGUUGACUGCGGAGUGAAAUGUCCUGUCGACGUACAGGGAAAAGAGCUGCCCUUACAGUACCAAGCGGGGCCACGCUUCCACGUUAAUGCGCGUUAUGUGUUACAACGUCACUCUACGCGUAUGUGCGCUGCUAUCAGUCGCCCUGCAGAAUUAAUAACUUCCUAGCUACAGUUUAAACGUAGUGUCAUGGUGCCAGGAACAAAGGAAAUCCCGGGUUCUGCUGGAAACUCUUGGGAAUGCCUCACACAUUACAGUUCCGUCUAAAUGUGACACAAGCACAGGAGCAGUACCAUGGAACCAUAAUUUGUUGCAGCUCCCUGAUGUGUGUUUGCUUGGUGGCAAAUCCAGGUCUGUUGGCACAUAAUGUGUGAACUGGCCCUUAGUUGAGAACUGGAGAUAAUUUUAACUUUUCCAAAGUUUAUAGGUGGGAAAGGCUCAUUUGAGCUAGUUGUAUUUACACACAAAAGGUUUUAGAGUUCAGUCUGGAUCUUGAUAGAAUGUGGCCUAUAAGUGUUGCUUCAGUCUUGAGCCAUUUAGUUUCUUAUGUAAAUUUUUUGAAUCAUCAUUGUGGAGUCCAUUAAAAAGCAUAUGAAUACACAUGCUUAAUACUCAAAACGAUGCUAAGUCUCUUUAGAUUCAGUGUGACCUAAAGUGAUGGUGGUUUUAAAAGCCCAAGCUCAUUACAUUACUGUUGCUUUGUUACUUGUGUAUGUCUAUGAGAGCUGUUUGGCAUAUAUAUUUCAGGGCAGGUUACAAUACAAUAAAACUGUAAAACCACACUGCAGUGAAGCCAACUCAUCACUGCUUAUAAAACAUAGCUUAUCCUUAAAAUGCCCAGGCAGGCACAACCCUGGAACCUCACUUGCAGCAGUGACAGAAUCCAUAAUACACCCCCCCCAAAAAAAAGCUGUGCAAAUAGAUGAAUUUUCACCUGGCACUGAAUUGUCAAAAGUGUUGUUACCUGUCAUGCCUCUAGGGAAGAGAGUAUAGGUGGGAUACCACUACCACAGAAGAGGCCUUAUUCUGUGUCACAAGAAUGGCUUUCUCUCAGAUCUAAUAGCAUAGACAGACUGAUACAGAAGAACUGUUCAUUUGGGUAUUAGAGCUUAAAGUUGUGUAGGGUUUUACAGAUCAGCACUAGUACCAUGAAUUCUGCUCACAAGCCUAUAGAUAGCCAGUAUUGGCUUUUCAGGUCAGUGGCUGUGUGAUUCCAGCUAGAUACACUGGUUAUAAUUCAGAUCCCACAUUCUGAACUAUUUAUGGCUUCUUGACCGCCUUCAAGGGCAGCCCAACAUUGCAGUAGUCCAACUGAGAAUUUACCAGAGCAUGAGCAACUGUCACCAGGCUUUCCUGGUCCAGGAACAGAUGUAGCUGAUAAACCAGAAUAUAAGAAAAGUCCUGCUGGAUCAGGCCAAGGCUCAGGUGGUUCAGCAUCCUGUUCUCACAAUGGCCAACCAGAUAUUUUAGGAAGGACCUGAGUGCAAUAGCACUCUCCCUACAUGGGUUUCCCUGCAGUUUCCCCAGUUCAGUCUCCCUGCAACUGGCAUUCAGAGGCAUGUUGCUUCCAACAGUGGCAGUAGAACAUAGUCAUUGUGGUUGUUAGUCAUUGAUAGCCCUAUUCUCUGUGAACUGGUCAAAGACACUGCCCCACUGAAGUUACCUGAACCUUAAGUGACAAUUCUGAAUCAAAGAGUACCUGAGACUACACACAAGCAUCUUCAGUGGGAGUGGAACCCUGCCCAGAAUAAAUUAUCAGACCAAUUCCAAGACGCUCAGGGCCUUCACCUGUCAGCAUUGUCUCUGUUUAUUGACUCUUAUACAUCUAUACUGAUGAUUACAAUUAUAGAGCCAGAAGGGACCCUGCAGGUCAUCUAGUCCAAUCCCCUGCAAUGCAGGAAUCCUUCCCACAGCCAUCCCUGGGUGGCUCGAACAACCAACCUUGAUUAACAGCCAGAUGCACUGACCGAUCGUGCCACAGGAGAGCUCCCAGGAUUAGCUAUAAACAUGUGCAGAGUUCAUUUCAAAUGCCCUUAAAUUGGGAGGCAUUAUCUAACCUUUGUGAUGGUUGCUAUCCACAUAAUGUUUGGGAAUGGGCUGCAAGUACAUGGAAUGUCAGCCAUGUCUCCUCAGAAGUAAGUCAUUACUCCCAGGUAAUUAUCACAGCCUUAGUGUUCUUUUGCAUGCUGCCCUGAAUCUUUUUGCUCCAAUCUGCUUCUUGUAUUGGUAUAUUAGAUUAGAGCCCAUGACAAAUCAAUAAGAUUGAAACCAAUUCACAAAUAUCUCUUGGAUAACUAUAUGUGCCUGUUCUGUUUGGAGCAAUAGCUCAAGUUCCAUGUUACAAGGAAGCAGUAAGGUUAUUGAGCAGGGGUCAGCAAGGUUUAUUUUGCCUGGUCCGGAUCGGUCCUGUGGCGAUCCCUCUGUGGGCUGCAUCACACGUGCACGUGAGUGCACAUGCCUGCGAUUUUCGGUGUCUGCACAGAUGAGAUUGUUGGCGUCUGCGCAGACAUGAUUUCUGAUGGUGCGGAAGUGAGUCCCUGUGCUGCACUGGUUUAGUGCAGUGCGCGAGUGGGCAACUCUAUUCAGGGGCGGCUCGUGGGCCAGUCAAACAACCCUCCGCGGGCUUCUUCUGGCCCAUGGGCCUUAGGUUGCUGACCCCUGUUAUUGAGGGUAGAAGUAGGUGGUUGACGUGGUACUUGUUUGCCCUGAUGAGGCAGUUCAGUGAUUGUGUAUUCUGUAUUGAGAAUUGACAGCCUGAAGGCUGGAUUUAAAUGUAUGUUCUAGUGAAAGUUGUUCUCUUCCUUGCUCUUUUCCUAUACAUAGUUCUGUAAAAUUCAAAAUAAAAGUGGGAAAGAGCAGAAUGAAUUUCUCCAUCAGAAGAGCAGUGGUAGCCAAUAUGUUCAUAAUAUGCAUAUUUCUUGUUGUCACAGUAGGGUUUGCCUGUGAUGUGGCUUUCUUGGUUUCCAUUUACUUUGGGCCUUUGAAUCCCUAGACUUCUUGUCACACUGAUGGUAUCUUCUAAUUUUUGCAACCACUGUCAGAGCACGUGUUGCCACAUGCUUAAGCAUAGUGGUGUGGUUAACUCCGUCAGUAAUUUCUCACAUGACUGUAUUGCUACUGGAUACUUUGUGAAUAAUGGGUUCCUCUCUGCAGGGUUGUGGUUAAUCUGGUGAUACGAUACUAUGGGCUUAUAAAGUCCCUUCUGUCCUUGUCUGCUGGCUGCGUUUCCCUAGUAUUUUCUGAACGGCGUAUUAGGGACUCUGUUUCUUUUCCUAACUUUGUGUGGAAUUCAUUUCAACAUUUCAACUUUGGUUGGCUUCAUUUAUUUUUUGAGUUUGGGCUAUUUUUUCUGUAAGUUUUGUACUGGGUAGUGAACACUUGUGUAUUUCCACUGACACAAGGGCCAAUGAUCUGUUUUCUGAUGGUGGUAUUUUCUUUGUCGAAAGAGGGAAAAUUUUUAUAUAUUGUUCAAAGUGAUUAUUUUCGGUAAUCCUUACUUGCUUAUUGUAAGGUGGACCAAUGUUGUAUAAAAGAGGUAAGGCUGCUGAACCUGAGAGUAGUUUUGCUAAUACUUCAGAGUGAGCCCAUGGUUAAAGUGAGAUAUCAGACUAAGAAACUGGUGGCUCACAGUUGAUACUCCUAGCUGCCAUGUUAAAUAACUCUGUACCCUCUGUACCCAGGAUAGGAUGUGACUAACAUUUCCAUUUCUUUGUUGUUCUUGUGCUACAUCUUUCUCUGGCCCCUUGAGAGAUGCAGACUCUGCGCAGCGUACUCAGUUUUCUUUUGUUGGGCCAGCUAUUUGUAGGAGGGAGAGAUUUGUCCUAACUAGUAUCCAAUUUGUAUAUUUUCUCUGUGGGUCCUUGAGUUGUUUCCUGCUAUGUGAUGUGCUCACUACUGAAGCUCAGACUAAAUGAAGGAUUUUGCAAUACUUACUUAAUAGCCUUGUUCAGCUUAAGUGAAAAAGCCUUGGGCUCGUUGUCCCCCCCACCCCCUGCUUCCAGUGUGGCUGUAAGGAGGUGUUUAAAAUAAUUCACUGCCAUUUUAAAAUAAUUGCUGUUUGGCCAGACUUUCAAAUCCAGACAAACUGGUUAGUCUUACCUUUGGUUUAGGGAAACAAGCCAGUUUGAAAUCAUUAUUAAAAUUAAUCAAUUUUAGAUUCAGGCAUAAUGAUAAACUGAAGUUAAUUGAAAACAGAAUCAAACCUUAAAAUCCCCUCACUGCUACGUCAGGGAAGGAGGAUGUACAUAGGCGAAAGCUCAAUGAUAUAAUAUUAAACCAUAGUUUGACAUUAUAUCUGGACUAGGUCAGUGACUAGGACAUUGGUGGUCAACCUGUGGUCCUGUAGAUGUUGCUGGACUCCAACCUGCAUCAGCCCCAUCCAACAUGGCUAAUAGUCUGGAAUGAUGGGAGUUGUAGUCCAACAACAUCUAGAUGGCCCCAGGUUCCACCCCCUGCAUUGACUGAUAGAAACUGAGUUUUCAGUAAGCUCUAUAUCCCAGUAGUGGUACUUAAUACCACCCUGGUGGCUUUCUGUUUUAUUUUAUUUUGCUUCAGAUGCAAGUUUAAGCUUACGCUAAGUCCACAAGGAAUGUUGCAAAAAUGACUUUAAAAAUAACUUAAAAUAUAUCUUAACAUUUGCCUCAUAAGCACAAUAAUGCAGCUGUCAUACUGGAUGUAGUAGAGCACUUGGCCAUGAAGUUCUUUCUCCAAAUCUUACUAUCAAGCUGUACCAACUAAGUUACUUUUAAACUCCUUAAAGUAUCAGGAUACCAAUUAUUCCCAACAGAAGUUACAUAAAUGGAAAUUUUGAAAGCAUGUUGGCAUUCUAGAACCUCAGUCCUGAACAUUUUGUUACACAAAUAAAUACAUGCUUCCACUAUAAUGCAAUUAGUGCCAUGUGGGUAUUAAUAUAUAUAUUCCAUUUUUAAAAGCCCCAUUGGGGUCUUGAAGCAGUGGAGCAAUUGUGGUGUGGAGUGGUGAUGAAACUAGUUUAUUUGGUAUUAACAGCCAGUUCAGACACCCCCAGUGUGCAUCUGCCAUUCUGUUAGCUAGUUUACUGUUUGUAGUAAGAGGUUCUUUAAAUAUCUGAUCACUGACUUGGAUUAACACCAUUUCCCAAACUUGUUACUGCAUAUCUAGGUUGGUUCUCUUCAGAACUUCCUUUCAGUUAAUAGAUAGACCAAGGCUAUCUCUAUUUUACAGCUGUUAAAUUUGACAGAAGUUUGCUACAUGAAUGCACUCUACUAAUUUAGAAACUUGGGUUGUAAUAAUUUUAAUCACUGCAUAAAAUACUGUCCUUGUUGAAUUGUGAUCACAGUAGUCAUUGAAUUUUCAGUUGACAAAGAAAUAAGGAUUACAGCAAAUUGAGUAAGAUAAAUUUCUACUGUGCCUUUAAAUAUAAUAUUUGUUUUUAUUUCUUCAGUAUCUUUUGUUUGUACUGCCAGGAAGUAAUCAUAACAUAAUCAACUAUCUUUGCUUAUUCCAGGAUAUUCGGCACCAGUCCAGUGAUUAUUCACAUAGAGUUGCAAAGUAUGCAGAAAAUCGAAAUCGUAAUAGGUACAGAGAUGUUAGCCCAUGUAAGUAAACUUUUUUUUUCUUUUUUUCCCCCUGGUAAUCUAGUGCAUGACAAAGUAGGUUUGACAUUACCAAUGCUAAUACUUUAAAUAGUUUUGGGCUAGUGUUGUAGAGUUUGAUAUGUGAAGCUCCACUGCAGUCAUUGAGAUGAAAGUGCAUACAAUCAAUGAAGUCAUGUAGAAAUUAUUGUACUUUAUAUAGAGAGACUUCUAUAGAAGCCUUCUAUCCAUGCAGUAUUAUAUUUAUAUCUCGCUUUUCUUCUGUGGAACUCAAAGUAGUGUAUAGAGGCCUCCCAGGCAGUCCUCUAGUCAGGUGCCAGAACUGGCUAACCAGAACUACACAUGCACAACUUCUGCAAGGUUGCUGUGCCUUCAGGAACCCUGGAUAAUCAUUAUUAUCCAGACUUCUAAAAAAUUGUUAAGACUGAUGUUGCAGUAAGUAUGUGUCACUUAAGAAGCUCCUUCAUUUUUCUCUUAUGCGGUUUCAGAUAAAGAUAGGUCAUCUGAACUCGACUUUGUUAUGCUGUUGAAAUAAAAGAUGUGACAGUUCUGGUAUCUUUCAGAAGGAAUACUACUUAUGGUAAAUAUGUACCAGACAUGGUUUGGGACAAUUCCAUGUCACUCAGUUAACCAUCAGGCUGUAGACAGUACCAUAUUUGGAAGAGAAAAGCUGAGCAACUGCAAAUUUAUUGUGAUAAGCAUAUUCAGACAGUCAGAAUGGGAACAUUGUUUGUUUCAAGAUUCUACUCCCAUAAACUAGCAAAUUUUGUCAAAUUAAAUAUAUUUAAUGUAGAUUCUUUUUAAACGUUGGUUUUGCAGAAGUGGUAAUUUGUAUGAAUUCCAUACAGUCUGUGUUGUUUUGAUUGUUAUUCAGUUCCAUGGCAAUUGUCAAUUUAAAAGAUUAAAUGAGUGCUUUAUAAAAAGCAAGGUAGAAUUAUUCUCAACUUUUGCUGGAUUACUGAACUGCUAUGGAAAAGUGAAGAUUCCAGGUCACAGUGACCUCCAGGAAUUACUUUGCUGGCAGUAGAGUAAUUUCUGUCUUGAGCAUUUCCAGCAAACUAGGCUUAUAUAAACAUGCCUGAAAAGUCUUUUAAAAAUCCUAUUGAUGUCUGUGGGACUCUUCCAAGAUAAAUGGCUUAUUGACUGGAGUUCUUGUCUGCCAGAUUAUUCAGUACUGUACUUUAUUUUAAUCACAUUUAGAAGGGCAUGUUGAAAAUUUGAAUAAGUCUUAAUUUUCCAUACUUGUCACCACCAGUGGUCCAGAAUACUGGGAUACUCUCUACUCUAUCCACUAAGAGGCAGACUUUUAAAAAGCCCUCUACUUUUGUCUUAAGGCAGGGGUGGGUAACAGUUAAAAGUGGGCUGGAUCCAGCCUGCAGAAUCUUUUUAUCUGGCCUGUGGCCUCUCCUCAGACCUACCUUGUCCUUCAGUUGGGUGACACUGAACAGAGGCACCUCUGACCAGAGUCAUACAACACCCCCUCCUCACUAGCAUUUCCCAGAAAUGUAGCAGUGUCUUAUUAUUCAGUGGUAUACUUAAAAUAAGUAAAUCUGCAGUCUCUACAAGUAAACGCUGCAGAGAUGUGGGUUGUUCAACAAGCUCAGAGUCCAUUUAUCCCUUCAUAAUCUGCAUAGAGCCAUUUUGCUCUUUUUGAUGAAAUUAGAGCUGAAUAAUAAUUUGAAAAACUAGACCAAAUGCUUGCUUUUUGUCAUUGAUGGACUGAAGCACAGAAGUGGGGUAAGACUGUUGUCUUCUGUAUGAAAUUCAACAGCACAGCUUGGUGAUUCAGUGGUUAAAAUAGUACUUGCUGACAUCAUCUUUCCGAGAACACUAGCACCAGUAUGUGUGAUUUACUAUAACAAGAUCUUAAGUUUUUCCUGUUGGCAAAUGGUAUGUAGUAUUUACAAAGGUUUUGGUUUCUGUCCAGCAGAAACAUUUGAGUUCCAAUAAAUUGAUAAUGAAAAAAGAAACUUAACGCUUUCAUUUCCAAGCAAGGUAAACAGUUCCCCUUCAAGGAAACAAUAUUUGAAGCAUUUGUAUAGUAUAGAUAGAUAGAUUGGUUCAGACUCUGUAGAUUUUAAAUCCUCUCUGGAAAAUACGUGUACCAAAAGUGAUUGCGCUUGGUAUCAUAUUUUCUGGAAAACAGCAUCUAUCUCUGAGUCCAAGCUUUCGUUGACUUUUUAAGGCUUGGAAAAAAAUGCUUGUUUCAUUCAUUUUGAACAGUCAUAUUUUGUAAAAACUUUUGUACACUUGAAGUAAUUUUUUUUCUACAGUCUUCUUGUGUGGUGCUGGUUUGUGCUUGCUUCUUUAUUGUGCAGUUAGAUUUACUUUCAGUCUGACAGGGACUCAAGGUUGUAGGUCUUCAUUCUUAAUUUCCAGCCACACAUACUUUGGUUGUGUCUCUAGAUGGUGUCAGAGAUCCCUCCCAACCCCUAUACUUUCAGUAUCGAUCGUAUAUCUCUAGGUGCUCCAUGAGUGUACAAACCCUGGCUGUAAUUUAAAUUAGAUGUCUACACACAUAAAGGUGUGCACAGCCAGGACGCUAUCCACAUAUUUGCUUCUUCAUCUCCAACAUGCAGCAAUACAAGCCAUUGUGCAGAUUGAAAAGCGGGUUGUAUCUGAUCAGCUACUGAUCACAAAACAGUAAGUUGCACCAUACACAGUUUAUUGGCUUGUAGCCCCAGAUCUUCAUCAAGCAUAAUAGACUAUUUGUGUUCGCUUUCCAUCUCAGUGUAACACUUCAUGUAUGCAGUUUGCAAACCCUAGCCUUUUACCUAGAAAUGAUGAAGAAACAUUAUUACAGAUGAUUGUCAUGGGCAAGAUACAUGUUGGUGGGAGUUGUGAGAAGCCCAGUCGGGGGAAAUUCUAAUUACAAACAUUUAAGAGGAGAGCUGGUGCAGUGAUAUGGCUUCAGGUAUAUGCUGGGAAGUCUGGUUAGAAUUGGAGACCUUAAACAGGCCAAUGCUAUAUCCUCCGUACCUCCAUUCUGUGAUUUAAAGAUUAUAAUGCUGGUCCAUAUUAUAUAAAUUACUGAGAUAUUGAGUGAAACACUUAUUCAAGUACAGCUGUAUUAAUGUUACAACUAAAGGUUUAAAUGCUACCCAUAGAGAAUGCCAGGAUUCUUCACCCCUGAAGAAUCUGACACCUUUUGUAUAUGCCAAAUGGGUGCAGGUGUAGGUGUAAAAAUAUCUAAACUACAUAUGAUAGGUAAUCUGGUGACGGAAUUGUUUCCUGAAGUGGUGCUGCUUGUGUCCUGAAGCAAUCCGGCAGUAACUUCAGUAAUCUACUUGCUAGUCAGAGUUUUUAUUCCCAGGAGGAUACAAGGUGUCCUACCCAUGUUUAGAGUGCUUCAUGAUCUAGAGAGCAAGACUGGAAACCUCUGGCUGCCAGGCCAGUCUUGGCCUCCAGAGUGUCUAAUUUGGCCUCUAAGGGCACCUUCCUCAAACCUAGGGUUGUCAUAUUUUGAAGAGCAAAAAAGAGGACACAUAUUUUCCAACUUCUACAUUUAACUACGGAUUGGACUUUUAACCCCACAUAGGGCAACCCUAGUAUGUGUCUGUAUUUGUGCAUGUAUAUGCACUCAUAUCAAGGGGGGGAAGGGGGUGCAUGGAUGUGGGUAUAGAAGAAAUAAUAGAAUGAAAGGGAAGAUUAAAAUAAAAAGGAAGGGGGAAAGGGAGGAUUAAAUGAUUGAAUGAGGGUAAAGAGUGCAAAAGUAGGAGUAGGGGUUUGGGGAUAAAAGUCAGCAUUCAAGACAAGGAAUCAAGUUUAAAAUGGGAGGUGAAGUUUAAAAAUCAAAAUGUAAAGACUUCCCCCUGUCUUUCUUUGGGUUAAAAAUGCAAAAUCAAAAUGGAGAGGUAAAUUAAGAUUUGAAGGAAUAAACCAAAAAUUGACAGUUUUGAAAGGUUAAAAUUUUUGGAGGUAGAAUUUAACUAGCUGGUGUGAGGUUCUCAUUAGCUCUUGAGUCCUGGUAUACUCAGCUGAGAGUUAAUGCAGCUCUCUCCCACCUCCUUGAAUAGACUGGGAGGGAGAGAGGGGCCAGAAUUUAGAUAAAAUAAAAUGAUAACAAAGCAAAAAUAAAAGAGGGGUAGUAAAAAAAAUAAAUUGAAAUGUGUGUGGGGGGGAAUUCCCUUUAAAAAAGAGAAAGAAGAAGGAAGGAGGAGAGAAAAAAAUAUAUAAUGGGGGAGAGGGGGAGAACAAAAAUUAUAAGUCUCUCUCUUAACAUGGAGCACACUGACCUGGAGGUGGCCUGGGAGCACACGGGGCUGCAGAGUCAGGGUGGGCAGGUGUCCUCAGGUGGAAGUUGGUUCCUCCUCAGCCGGUUGGUCCCAGGAUUGAGCCUAUUCCGGGUAGCGCACCUCCAUGUGGCUUCCUCCGCCAUUCCGAUUCCUCUCGACCUCUCUUUUGCAAAGGUGGCAGUAGCAGCAGCUCAGGCCACUCAGCACAAGGGAGAGGCUCCCGCGGUGCCUGUCCUGCCACAUGGUUCCUCUGGGCCAUUGGGCAGGUUGGCCUCCAUCCCGGGGCAAGAGGCCUUUCUCCAUGACCUCUCCUAUUCUCUUGCCCUUUGGGAGUAGGAGAGGGGAAAUCAGGAGUCCAGUCCGGAGGGAGCCACUGCCUCAGUCCCGGGCCUUGCCUUGUUGCGCUCCCCUUCGCUGAGUCUGUACCCUGCCCAGCAAGCGGCUCCAGCAGAGGAGGAGAUAGGGUGGAGGAAAGUGCUGGGAAGCAUGAGAUGUGGAGUCAGAGAGAGAGGCAAGGCAGGCAGGCCAGACAAAGUGGGAGCUUCACCGCCUCACAUUGCAUGGCAACUGGAGCACAAGGAGGCGGGGGGGGGGCAGACCGAACAAAAAACCCCAGACGUUUUGGCGAAUUGGACAAAUCCACCCAGACAGAAUUUUUAAGUCUGAAAAAGAAGAUGUCUCUGGGAAAAUCUGGACAUAUGGCAACCCUUCCACAUUCACCCACCCACCAGCUGAUGUCACUGGGAAUGUCAGCUGAUGUGCAGGAGGACAGCAUUUAAUCUUCCAUUGGCUAUGCGCCCUCUUUACAGCAGGGAACAGGAUUGCUCAACAAUGGCAGCAGGAUGUGAAGCCUUCUCAAAAGUGCUCCUGUGCAUCUGCAGGCGAGCAACAGCAGGCAUACACUUCUUCCCCACCAGACUUCUGCUGCUACCGCCACUUGCACAAAAAGUGCACAAGUUUUGAUCUUAAAGGGGAGGGAGCUUACAAAUGCCUUUGCGAGCCUCCCUCCUUAACAUCAGCACCUGUCAGAUUUGGCCUAUGAGGCAGAUCCUGAUAUGGAUCCUGUUAAGGAUCUGGCCCUUGGAGCCAAGAAGGUUACACACCCCUGGUAUAGAGAAUGGCCAGUAAGAAGAUUUAAAAAGAUCCAACUCCAAUAAAUCUUCUCUGGCUAAAGGCAGUUUAGCUAGAACAUUAAAUAAUUGAUGUUUUGAAAAUGCUUAGUAUGAGGAUUGAAAAUCUAUUGCUCUUCAACUGAUGCUUGUCUUAUAAGACUUCUUCAAGGGAAGUUUCUGCUUCCUAGUAUUUCUUCCCCACCCCCAAAUGCAUAUCCUUAAUUUGUUUCCAAAUUGCUUUGGGAAGUGGGGCGUGAAAAAGUGUAUGAUUGCAUAUUAGACUAUUUAGUCAUAAUAUAUAUAGAGAGAGAGAGAGAGCUAUAUACAAAAUAUUUAAAAGUAGAUCAUAAAUAGUUUAAAUAACAUAGCUUGUACCACAAUAUCUUGGCUUUAAGUUUAGUGCAUUGAGCAAAGUUAUCCAUAAAAAACUUGAUACUUAAUCUUAAUACUCUACUAAUUAUAUUUAUUUCAAGAUGAUCACAGUCGUGUAAUACUCCAGAAUACGGACAAUGAUUACAUCAAUGCAAGCUUGGUGGUUAAUGAAGAAGCUCAGAGAAAUUAUAUAUUAACGCAGGUGAGUAGUAUUCGACUUUUAGGUGUUAUAUGCUUAGUGACUUAAUUCUAAUAUGGGGGGGGGGGCUCUUCAGAUGACUAUUCCAGGUUUAAGUGCUUCUCCUUUGCUCCAUCCCACCCUACUUCCUGCCACACACUGGCUUGUUCUCUUGGUUUGUUAACAAACGUUAAGUCAGAGUUUCCUCAGUUUGGAUAUAACAAGAAAUUCUGACUUAAUGCACGUUAGGGUAUUUGUGCUUAAGCCAGCAUGCAAUAGGAAAGGAGAGUGCUCAUAUCUAAUGUUCAGUCCUGAUUUGGUAAACCAGGCCACAAUCACAGUUGCAUCCAUGUCACAAUAAAAUGCUGUAGGGCAGGUUUUCAACCUUUUUGAGUCCACAGCAAUCUUGACCAGCUACAUUCUUUCUGCGGCAUCCCUGUGGAACUCAGGAGCCCAGCUAUGUCACCCCUUCCCUGCAGAGCUGGCAACCUCUCACCCUUUGUCAUACACCUUUCCUUGUGGAGUGUUCCCUCAGCCUCAUCUUCUCUCCCCUCACUUUGGGAGUCCUCCGGGCAGCCGCAGCCGCAGCUGCCGCCCCUGGUCUCUGAGCUGCCACCCCUGCCCCAAAGAGAGGUGCCUCCUCACACUGCCCCACAGGGGCCUGGGAAGCACCUCCUGGCCAACCCCAGAGGCACUGUACACUUGAGGCCAGGGCUGCUGCAACAAACAGCUGUGCAAGCCUUUGGGAGGCCAGUGUUGCCCGCAGCACCCCUGACCAUCAUUCAAGGCACCCCAGGGUGCCAUAGCACACUGGUUGAAAGCCACUGGUGUAGAGAGAUUGUGCUUUCCUUGGAUGUCUAACCUUAUGGUGAGCUUGGUAAAGUGAAGCUAUUCUUCUGCAGCAAAGGCAAGGCAAUUCACUUGGCUUUUGCUGAUAGCUGUAUAGUGGGGACAGGUACUCACAGCCCAACCUCUGUGUGGGAAUCCAAAUGGGAUUACUGCUAUCAUCGUAAGGCUUAGAACAAGAUAGGUGAUGUGGAAAUAACCUUGCCUGAGGCAAAUACUGCUCCAUGCCUGAGGCAAAUAAAAAAAAUCUUAUGAAAGGAAACUCCAACCUGGAACUUCAGAUCUGAAGCAAGUUUUCAACUCAAAUCCCUGCUUGGAACAUUGGCCCUGCAGUGUUUAUGUGGGAAUAAAUUGUCACAGUAGCUUUUUUAUUUCAUGAACAACCUUUGUUCUGUCUUACCCACCUACUGGAGAUCCAGUUAAGUACAAGUCAGUAAUGUUGGCUAUUGAAAAGGGGGACUUACAUGGUUUAUUUUGUUAUCUUAUAUGUUUUGUGACUGAGGCAUGUCGGGGAAAACAGACUUUGCUGGAAGAACACUAGUAAGCCAUUAUGGGCAAAGUGCUGCUGUUAACAGUUAAAUAGACCUCAAUUUAGGCUUUUUAGAAAAUGUGUCUGGCCAAAUUGAACAUGAAAACUGUUACUGAAACAAGCCAGCUGCUUUCCGGUGUGUUAUUUACCCUAAAGAUGUCAGUUGUUUCCUCUUUUUGGUGGAGGAGAGAGGUCAUGAUUGCCUUUUUGAAAAAUGCCACACAAGCGUGUCCAAAGCAGCUGUUUAUUUUUUGUUUUAAGGAACUGAGAUCUGAAUAUCUACUUGGAUUUUGAAAAGUAUUUUAAAAUCCACGUAGAUAUGGACAGAUUGACUAAUAAGAAGAAUCUGCUGGAUCAGGCCAGCUUGUCAUCUAGUCCAGCAUCCUGUUCUCACUGUGGCCAAAUAGAUGUCUGUAGGAAACUUGCAAGCAGCACAAGAGCACUUGUCCAUUCCUGUGGUUUCCAGCAGCUGGAGUUCAGAAUACUGCCUCUACUAACAAGGGUUAGUAGGCUUGUAGGCCAGCAAUUCUUACAACAUCAUUUGAAAGGCUGGGCUAGACCUAUUCAUAUUUCCAAAAAUGAGGUGCACGUCUGACCACUAAACCAUGUUAAUGGAAGGGACUGUCGUUGAGUGGUAGAACACCUACAGAAGAUUCUAGGUUCAAGCCCCAGGAUCUUUUGGUAAAGCUGGGAACGACCCUUAUAGGAACCCCUUGCUGCUAGUCAAUGUGGACAAUGUGGACUAGUGGUCUGGCUUACUGUAAGGCAGCUUCCUGUGUUUUUAAUUUACAACUAGAUUAUUGGGUGAUGGUCAACUUUGCUUCCAAGAUUUAGGUUCUGAGUUAUGUUAGACUGCUGACUGAAUGCCUCCUUUCCCUUAUUUUUACAGGGUCCACUUCCUAAUACAUGUUGCCAUUUCUGGCUAAUGGUAUGGCAACAAAAGACCAAAGCUGUUGUCAUGCUAAACAGAAUUGUUGAGAAAGAUUCGGUGAGUUGCCAUAACUGCAUUAAAAUUGGUUUUAUUGAGAUCAACAUGCAAUUAGUGAAGUGUAUAUGGUUUAUUUUCUACUUGCGCUCUGUUAUGUGGAAUUUUUUAAUCUUAUAACUUAGGUGAAAUGUGCACAGUACUGGCCAACAAGAGAGGAGGAACAAAUGAUGUUUGAAGAAACAGGAUUUUGUGUCAGGUUAAAAUCUGAAGAUGUCAAAUCCUACUAUACAGUACGCCAACUUCAACUAGAAAACCUCGAUGUAAGUGUUCAUCAAAACCUGUCUCCAAAACCCUUGUGAAAAGUGUAUGUCAUUGUUGCCAUGGCAUAUUUCAUGUGACAAGUUAUCUCCAGGUGCAGGAGCAUGUUUGUUCUUUGGUGCACAGAGAACUGCUGAUUAUAACAAUUAGCAGCCAGGCACAGGCUUAAGCCCUGUUCACACUUAACUACCAUUUGCUACUCAAUAUACUUGACUUCAGCAGCCUUGGCCUUCAGGGUUGGGGAAGAGUUCAUUUUGAGAGUGAAACAUUAUUUGAAUUUCAGAAUGAGAGUAUAUCUUAAGUGUACACAGAAUAAAGAAAAAUAAAUAAACGUUUGCCUUUUAAUGAAACAUGAUAUUCAAACAGCAGCUGAUAGAGAGCAAACUUUUGCAUUGAACAGGAACCAUUCUCUAUGUUGUGCCAACACACACACACACACACACACACACACACACAAUUCCAGGAAGCUUAUUUAGGUGAGGACCAUUCAAACUUACAACCAAGGGAUUCAGUUUGGAAUUAUUUUCAUAAUAAUGAAUUGUUACAUUUGGAUCAGCCAUCUUACUGCAUGCUGUUUUGCCUGGAUGCAAAACAUAUUUAUUUCAAUAAGUUGCUCUUAAACCCAUUUCUUUUUAUUAGACUCAUGAGACCAGGAUGAUAUUCCAUUUUCAUUAUACUACAUGGCCAGACUUUGGAGUUCCUGAAUCCCCAGCUUCAUUCCUCAACUUCUUGUUUAAAGUCAGAGAGUCUGGAUCCCUGAGUCCUGAACAUGGGCCGGCAGUCAUUCACUGUAGUGCUGGAAUUGGGCGCUCCGGUACAUUUUCAUUGGUGGACACAUGCCUUAUCUUGGUAAGUUUGUCUUAGAUGCUCCUCUAAUAACUGCUGCUCAGUUUCUUUGUGGUGGUAUGGAAAAAAAUCCUAAUUUACAAUGCCUGAAUAACAAUUGAAAAACUGAAUUCUGCCAUUAAAUGAAAAAUAGUGCUUGCUCUGACAAUUUAGACCGGGGUAGUCAACCUUUUGAUACCCACCGCCCACUAAUGCAUCUUUCUUGAUGGUAAAAUUUCCUUACCGCCCACCAGUGCUCGAUGGAAGGAGGAUUCAGCUUGUGCCAUAGAACCCCCUACCGCCCACUAGUGGGCGUUUCAGGAUUCUAGGUGGGCAAUAGGGGGUUCUACGGCACAAGCUGAAUCCUCCUUCCAUCGAGCACUGGUGGGCGGUAAGGAAAUUUUACUAUCAAGAAAGAUGCAUUAGUGGGCAUCUACUGCCCACCUAGAAUCCUGAAAUGUCCACUAGUGGGCGGUAGGGACCAGGUUGACAACCCCUGAUUUAGACCAAACAUCUUGAACGAGCAAAAUAAAUACAUCUGGUUUGUUAAAUUACUUUCUUGUGAUGUAUGAACUGAGUGGUCUUGUGGUUUGUAGUCCUGGUUUGAGCAGUCUUUAGAAAGCAGGACUGAAAACUAAUUUGAUUGUGAUUUGCAGAGAUCAUUCAAACUGUGAUUUCCCAGUUAAGACAUUAAAGAAGCUGGUUUAACAAAUGAAGCUGCAUGCACAAGGAGAGAGGAAGUUAUUUGCUUGUUCUCAUUCCAGCAAGCCAUGGUUUAGACAGAAUGUAAUGUCUUAAACAGGUUUAAGUUUUCCUCUGAUUUCCAUGACAGAAAGUAAGAAGAACUGUGGUCAGGGAUGCAGUUGAGGUGGGAGCAAGACCUACAGUAUGCAUUACAGUGGUACCUCAGCUUACAUACAUUUCAGGUUACAUAUGCUUCAGGUUACAGACUCCGUUAACCCAGAAAUAGUACCUCGGGUUAAGAACUUUGCUUCAGGAUGAGAACAGAAAUUGUGCGGCAGCAGCGGGAAGCCCCAUUAGCUAAAGUGGUGCUUCAGGUUAAGAACAGUUUCAGGUUAAGAGCGGACCUCCAGAACGAAUUAAGUACGUAACCACUGUACUGCAAUUUUUAUAUACCCUUGUGCCUAGCCUCUUGACAAAUUUAGGCAUGUUAAGACAGUAAGGGCAGAACUCCCAUGUUCAAUAUUUUCUUUCUGCACAGGCUACUGUUGUCAAGCAAACAAUGUGUUACAUUUCAAGGGGGUGGGGGGAGAGAUAUCAAACUGUUUUCAAAUUGUUGCAUCAGGAGCUGUUUGAAUACAGUGGUACCUCGGGUUAAGAACUUAAUUCAUUCUGGAGGUCUGUUCUUAACCUGAAACAGUUCUUAACCUGAAGCACCACUUUAGCUAAUGGGGCCUCCUGCUGCUGCUGCGCAAUUUCUGUUCUCAUCCUGAAGCAAAGUUCUUAAACUGAGGUAAUAUUUCUGGGUUAGCGGAGUCUGUAACCUGAAGUGUAUGUAACUCGAGGUACCACUGUAUAUGUAUCAUAUACUAAACUUCAGCUUUCUAUUUCCUUUGGUAAUACUUCUAUUUUUUAUCUCUGCAAAUGAAAAGGCAAGUCAGUGAGUGAGCUAAAGUGUCUUAUAGAAUAUCAGCAUUCUGAUAACAUGUGCACUCUCUUUGGGUGAUAAUUUUUAUGCCUUGGAAAUCUGGUGUGGAGGCUUAAGGGGCCCUCUGGUGCAAUUUAGGGUUCUGCAGGGGAUAGGAGAGGAAAGCUAUGUGCUUUAAUAUCUGCUGGUGCAAAGUUGGAGUGCUACCCUUCUCUCUCUUGUUGCAGAGAGCAGUAAUACUUGCGUGAAAAUCAUUUUAUUUUAAAACAGCUUUCACCCUCUUCCUGAACUGCCAUAGUGCCACUAAAACUAGUUGCUAUUUUUUCUUACACAGAUGGAAAAAAGAGAAGACCCACUUUCUGUAGACAUAAAGCAAGUUUUAUUGAAUAUGAGAAAAUAUCGAAUGGGACUUAUUCAGACUCCAGAUCAGCUAAGAUUUUCAUACAUGGCUGUAAUAGAAGGAGCAAAAUACAUAAUGGGUGAUUCUACUAUACAGGUAAACGUUUAGCAUAAAUUGACUGCUUUUUAAAUCAUUCGCUCAAGAGUUUGUAAUGAAAUUAUUAAUAAUGCCAGAUCCAGCUGUUCAGGGUUUAUGUCACUUGUGGGCAACCUCCUUCCUGUGGUCCAGUUUUGGCCCAUGAGACCAUUUUCCCCAGACCUGUCAGGUGCAGUUGCAAGCUACAUCAACUGAUGGAUGCCUGUUGCUGGCAGGAAGCAAGGGUGAUUGACCAAAUCAGCAGGAUUAAUCAUGUGCUCAUUACAUUGACUCCCCUGCUAAAACGAAGGGGGAAACCUUAGGUUUUGUAGCAUCUUGCACCUGAUGUCAUUGUGGUGUUGGUCAAAUUUAGCCCAUAAGCCUGAUCCUGAUAAGGAUCUGGCCUGCAGAUCAAAAAAAGGUUAUGAGUAAAAUUUAUAUAGUGUUUUGAUGAAUAUAGCAAUUUUGUAAAACAGCCUUAUAUGCUGAAGUUUACUUAUUUUGUGAUUUACUUUAUUUUCUUUAUAAAUAUACAACUGUAACAUAAAAAUAUUACAGUUGUUUAUAGAAUAUAAAACCAUAAAAACCAUGCAGUAAAAUCAUAAAAAGUUAAAAGCAAGUUAAAACCAAAGGAAUUAAAAACAGACAUCAGUAGACAAUUGUUGGGGUGUACUUUUAAUUGCCUGCACAGGCCUGGUGAAAUAGAAAAGUUUUCAAGUGUUUAAAAGUUGGAUCCAAAGAACAAGAAACAGACAGCCACUAGCAGUGGGGGGUUUUCAGCCAGAACUCACCAGAGCUCAGUUCUGGCACCUCUUGGGUGGGCACAACUGCCAUUAUAAGAGAACAAGGGAGGAGUUCAUGGUGAGUUCAGGCACCUCUUUUUCUAGAGAAAUAGCACUGGCCACUAGUACUAUCCCACAAACACUAGAGGAAAAAUUUGUACAGUGGUAUAUACCAUAUUUUUCUGUGUAUAAGACUAGGUUUUUCGCUUAAAAAUAAUGUCAAAAAUUAGGAGGCAUCUUAUACACAUAUACAUUUCCCCCAAUUUUCUUAAAUCUGAGUCCCCAAAAAUGGGGACAUCUUAUAGACGGGAAAAUACAGUAAGUAUGUUUCAUAGCAGUUUCUGUGUUUCUUCAAGCACAGUUGCUUUGGAUUUGGUUUUCUUUUUGUUGUGGAGUGUUAUAGUGCAAGUUUUAAACCAGUCCUGUAAAUGUAUGUAUGACAUAGUAUUUCAUAUAUGGAAAGGAACCAUUGAACCCAACUUGUCGUUCUUAUCCAAGGAUGUUGUAGCUCACCUUUGAAAAUAACUGUACCUGUGACUUUUCAGGUAGUUAAAAAAAAAACUUCAAAACUCUAACAAGCUGUCCUCCAUUCAGAAUCGGUGGAAGGAACUCUCAAAAGAGGACCAGGCACCAAGUUCUGAACGCUCCCCUCCACACCCAACCAGACUAACUACAGGGAGGCACAAUGGGAACAGAGUGGGAUUAGAAAACCAGGAGCAAAGUGAGAACAUCAUAAAUACUGACAUGUCUUCUUCAAUACAAAAUACUGCAGAUCCAAGUGCUGACACGUGAGUAUCAUUUUUAUAUAAUAGCUUGAAAAGAGGCCACUAGCCAAGGCCAUUUUUAAAAACCAAUGCCAUAUGAUUUGAAGAGAGUACCCCUUGUUACAAAAUCCAUACUAUUGAUUGUAAUUCAUAUCACUUAAUCUUGAUGUUACAUUCUUGUACUGAAUUCUGGAAAGUGUUUGAAAGCUGAAUGUGGUGGUCUGUAUAUGGAUUGAGACCACAAUGGAGCUAGUAGAUCUUUGUUAUAUAAAUCCAACAGUUGUUUCAGGAUCUGCAUCUUGUUUUGUUCUAUUUGUGCACCCAUUGGAAUAUCACUGAAGGGCUCUAUAAACGUAGUCAUAAUAAAGACUUUGAACUACUAUUUAAAAAGGAAGCUUAUAACCCUUAAAGCUGAAAAUAUUCAGGAAGUGCUAAAACACUUGCUGUGUUGUUGUAUGCUGAUGCAAACAUGCUCAGUAGUAAUUGCAAUGAAUUGGGUCCAAACUUCACCUAACAGAAGUCAACUCUGGAUUCAAUUCAGUAACUUCUAGGUCUUAAUCGUGAUCUGAUGUGUUUAGUAGUGCAAUUUGAAACCAUGACAGUGUUUGUCAAGUUAAGCCCUUGCUCCAGAUUGCAUGUACAGUCAUACCUCAGGUUAAACACACUUCCGGUUGAGCGUAUUCGAGUUGCGCUCUGCGGCAACCCGGAAGUAACGGAGCGCGUUACUUCCGGGUUUUGCCGCUUGCGCAUGCGCCGUUGCUCAAAAUGACGUCAUGCGCAGAAGUGGCGAAAAGCGCCGUCGCUAGUUGUUUGCUUCUAGAUGCGAAUGGGGCUCCAGAACGGAUCCCGUUCUUAUCUAGAGGUACCACUGUACAGAAGAAGCAAGCAAAGAAGUGGGAAGGGUACCUUGAUCAUGUUCUGCUUGAUGCAGAUGGAACACUAAGUAAUGGAGUAUAUGCAUAUAAACAUUGCAUUCCUUCCUCCUUAAGGAGUGUAGAAAGUGGGCAUACAUAUAUAUAAAGGACAUCACCUGUUUCUUGGUGUUAGUGAUGUACAUGUCGCAAUGCAUCUAUUCGCCAGCUAUGUGAAUUAGUAUGAAACCAUAAAGGCUUGCAUCCUUAACAUUCCUUCUUUGAAUAUCAGGUUAAUGGAGAAGGCCUGCCCGUCUCCUUUUCCCUCUGCAGUCCCCUCCGUGUCUUGAUAAUCUGUCCAUCAUGAUUGGUGGACCCUUGGAAUAAGUUAUGACAGGGAGCCACAAAUGGAAGGAGGAAUUGGUAGAGAUCACGUUGUAUGCAGAAGAAAUACUAGAUCCAUAUUAUCUACGUGCAGAACAUAGUGCUUAUGCAACUGCAGUAUAUUACCUUGAAUAUCAAAACCCAGCUCAACAGUUCAAAAUGCAUUUUCUCUCUUCUCCCUCUCCCUCUCCACCUUAGUAGCAUAACUUGAUACAUAAACUGAUUUUUUUUCCUCCCAUAGUUUACUGUCAGUCACUGGGGGCACUUUAUAUUUUCUAUACUGGGUUUCAUUUCCAGAUAAAUUCAAGAAACAGGAUUCAAUCUAUACACUAGAUCAACAGCUGCAGUGAUCAACCUUUCAGGGGCUGAAGCAUAAAAGUGGGCAUAAGCUCUUUUUUUAUUUAAAAAAAAUGACAGAUUUGGAGGUUUCUUCAGAAGCUUGGCCAUUUAUCUUUUGGAGUGCUUCCUCAACAGUGGACACCCUUUAAAAGUGCCACAUCAUUAAAUCAUAUAUUUUACUUGUAAAUGAUGCACACAGGUAGCAAUGGAGGGUGGGAAUCAUACAUUUGUUCAGUAUGUGUGUGCAUGUGUAAUGUACCUACAUCUUGAUGGGUUUCCUCUUGCCCAUUUACAGAACUCUUCCCUUGGAAGCUUGUCAGCCUGAUGAUCUUCCAAGAAGACCUUCUUAAUAGGAUUAGAUAUUUGUGGCCAGGUUUAAGCUGCCGUUGUUCAAUUUUGUAUUUAACAAACAUAAGCAAUACUGUAUCUUCUGGGGUUUUUUAAUUGAUGUGUUUUAAAUGUUGCUACCUAUCAUGCACUCUUAAAUCAAAGUGGAUUAAAAAUCUGUGACUAUACCUGAUCAUUUUUUGUUUUCCUUUCUAGGGCUGUUCGGAAACGGCUAAGAGACGACAGGAAAGCUAACACAGCACAGAUGGUGCAGCAGAUGAAGCAUAAGCUGAGUGAGGCUGAACGAAAAAGGAAAAGGUGGUUAUAUUGGAAACCUAUUCUCACUAAGAUUGGGUUUGGUUCAGCCAUUUUCAUUGGAGUUUAUUCUUGCUGGAAAUUGUACUUCCAAGGUGCUCUCAUGUGAGUUCUUCUGCAAUCAUGCAUCUAGUAAUAGAAAGCUUAAAUCAGUCCCGCUGAUUUGAGGGGAACAUAGCAACUAUUUCUAGGUGCAAGACUGCUGCUGCAGUUGACAGAACAAGUGAGAAUAUAACUGCAAUCGAUGCAGUAAUCUUGUAAUGCAUAACACAUGAAGUAACCUGAUCACUAGUCACUGUGGCUGGACUCUUUGCUUUAGGUACUUAUGGAACCAAAUUGCUACAUGACAUAAAUUUUAUUUAUUUAUUUAUUGGAUUUCUUACCUGCCCUUUACCUUAAGACCCCACAGUGGGGUGGGUUACAUCAACAAAAUACGCAAAUAUAAAAGAAAGCAGUUACAACUGUAAAAUAAGAAAAAUAGUUCCAUAGUAAAUGCAACUCCUUAUAUAAAACUGCCCACAUUUUAAAACAAUUUUAUAUAUAAAAUAGUGAGAAAUAGUACUCAGAGGCAGACUGGGAAAAGGUCUCCACUUGUUGAACUUGUUGAGACCGGGGGAAGGGGGCGGGUUCAGUAGGGGCUAAAAGACAGGAUAGCACCCGUCUAAUAGGGAAUUCUGAAGGGUGUCACCAUCCUAAAGACCCAAUUAAUAUAUUGUAUGGAAAAAACCUCCUGAAAAAGGUGGUUUCUGCAACAGGCUCUUUUACAGUUCUUGUCUGGGUAUAUAAGGAGUUAGACGAUCCUUUAGGCAUCCUGAUGCCUAAAGGAUCGUCUAACUCCUUAUAUACCCAAACUGUGUAGGGCUUUGCACACCAGUACCAGUGCCUUCAACUUAGCCUGGUACCUAAUUUGUAGCCAUUGCAGUUUUCAGCAGUGGCAUGACUAUGAUAGUCUGCACCAGAAAGCAGUCAAGCUGCCACAUUUUGCACUUCCUGCAGCUUCCGGGCGAGCGUCAUGUAAUCCAGUCAGGAGGUUAGCAGCUCAUUGAUGACAGUGGUCAGAUUAUCCCAAUCUAGAAACAGCCAUAAAUGUCUUACCAGCCAAAGCUGAUAAAAGGCACUCCUAGCCACUGAAGUCACCUAGGUCUUUAGUGACCAAAAUGGAUCCAGGAGAAACCUGCUUCUUCAGGGAGGGUGUGGCUGCGCCUGAAGUAGGCAUUUGGACAAUUAUUCUGAGUCCAGAGCCACACCCAUCCACACUCAUGAGGCAAACUAAUGCAUACUUUCAGCAACCAUGUAUAUAUUGCAUAAAACGAUAGUCCACUAGAUGUAGUAGACUCAAUUGCCAAGGCUUUAUCAACUCUCAUAACUGGAUAGAAGCAAUAAACAGUGUGGUGUCAUACUCUGAAUGCAAAACAGUUACAUUUGUGUGUAUGUGUGUAUUAUAUACCAUCAACCAUUUAUACUAUCCAGACUUAGAAUAAAUUUUGUAACUCUAUUUAAUCUUUUUUUGUAGAUAACUGUAUUUUUAAAAAACUACAUUUGUACAAACUUCUCUGACAGAAAGAGUAUGCAUUAGUUAUCGGUCAUCCAUCCCCAACAUUUCAAGAGUGGUUUGGAAAUUUACUGAUAUCACCACCCCAACUUAGUGAUUUAGUGAAUUGCCCUUUUGAGGUAUUUGGUGUUAAGCAAAUAGGGGCUGCUUAUCAGUUUCUACUCUGUAAGUUGCAUUCAUGUAUUUAUGCUUGUAGUUACCUUUUAUUUAAAACUUGAAAAUGUUUAAUUUUUAUAAGACUACUGGGAGCUUCAAUAUCUCAAACAGACUCUUUUUGAAGGGAAGUUUGUGUUAAGACUGCAGCUACUGUUGGAAGCCAUAGCUUGUGUUUAAAGUUCAAACAUUCCAUUAAAUGUGAAAACGUUUUUGUGUGUCUCACUUGAUUUGACUCCUAUUCCUUGAAAUAUUUUAGUAUCUUUUAUAGUGGUUGUAAACAGCAUGUGACAAACUUGGUCAUAUUUUCUGAAAAGAAAAAAUGUAGGCCAUAUUAAGUGUUGCAGCUGGAAACAAAUAAAUAGCCCAUAAUAUGAAUGAAUAGAAAGGAAAUGGAAAUACUAUUUUUCUUAUAUGUUGGCCUGUGGAUAGUGGGUAUAUAAGAUAGUGGAAAUAACAGUAGAGCUACUUUUUGACGGUGAAAUGGCAUGUUUAUGAAUCUCAGCACCAACAAAAUACUUAAGACAACUGAACUACAGUACUCUGAUAUGGACACAAUUAUCAAACAUUGUUACAGGUUAGGACACAGGAUUUUAAGGAAAUGUCAAGCUUAUUCCGCCCACCAUUCUCAUAGAUGUAUUAGAGACAUAAAUCAGGGCCAAGAAAAUACAAAACUCUAAUCCCAAGGCUUUUGUUUUUCAUUGUGGGGAAAGGAAUUAUGCAGUUUUAGGAUUAUUGAGUUCCUAUAAGUGUUCUAAGGAUCUUAUAAAUUCUAAUCCUGAACAAAUGGAUGGCACCAUAUGUUUGGAGAGUUUUGAAGUGUAGUAAGCUUUUUGAUCCAGUACAGCAUAAAAGGAAACUCAAGAUUAAACAAAAUCAAACUCAAGGUAGAACUAAAUCAAGGAAGUCUUGAAAUAUAUUUUUCUCAGUUCUUACUGUUAUUUCCCUUAUGGAUUAUUAAAUGUUAAUAGAGGGAGUAUUUUGGAAUUGUGAAGCUUGAACAUCAAAAAGGUACUGAUCAGAAUGUCAGGAUUUCUAUAUAAAGGGACUUUUCCUUUUCCAAGAAACCAAAUGCACAAUAGAAGAUGGAAAUGUAUUUCAUUUCUGGAUUAAAUUGCCAGUUUCAAACUCACAUUUAGGCACUCUUGAAAGCUUGUGUGCAUGUAAAGAAUGGUGGUACUUUUUCCAUCUUACUGUUCAAUACAUACCCAGGUCUUAUAGGCAUCUGCCUCAGUGAGUCAAAUUAUUGGUCUAUCCAGCUCAGUAGUACUAUUGAGGUUUGGGACACAAGUCUUUCCAAGCCCUACCUGGAGAUGCCAAGGAGAUGUCUGUUACAACACUUAAGUUAAACUACUGAGCUGUGCCCUCCCUUUCCCUCAGAAGUAACUUCAUGUUUUGCUCUUGGCAGCAUUUUAUGGAGCGUAUUAUAUUGUCCUUGCUCCUUAAUAUUUUCACCGUAAUCAUUUAUAUGCAAUUUUAUUCAUGAUCAAAAUAGUUGUUGCAACUGGUUCUAUCAUAUUUUAAUAAAUAUUUGAGAAUAUUUUCUGUGCAGUUUUCAUUAUAGAUGAAUACAUGCAAAUCCAUACACAUACACACUAUAUAUAUAUAACUAUUAAUAUAUAUAACUUUAUCUAUAUAACUAUAUAGAUAACUACAUAUAUGCAGUGCUUUUUUUCUAAAAAAAAUGUUUAGGAGUACUCAAAACCUACUCAUAUUGAAAUACUGCCCCUCAAUGAGGCCAAACUUAGAUUCACAAAAUGUUUAGGUGUACACAUACCCCUGCAUACCCCCCAGAAAAAAAAGCAUUGCAUAUAUCUGUACAAUGUUACAGUGGUUUGUGUGGAGAAAAUGAGCAAAGCCUUAAAAGUGAAUACCACACAAGUCACUUUUGUAGUUGACAUGUGUCGGGUUAUUAUAAAGACAAUAUAUUAUUCAGGAAAGAGUAAGCCUGACUAGUAUUUGGGAGGGUGGCCAUCUUGCUGGAGAGGGAAAUGAUGUUGGUUCUUUCUUGAUAUGGGAAGCAACCCAACAAAACUGGAAUUCCUGACUCACUUGCCCUCUUUCCUGUGUUUUUUGGGUUUGUGUCUUCCACUGCUUUUUCAGUUCGUACCUGAGUUGUCCUGGUUCUGUCUCAAUACCACUUUGGUGCAAUCAUCUUUGAUGUUCAUCUACCCAAACAUUUGUUUUACUUUGUUGGCAGUUCCCAUAUGAUAAAGGGAUUGAGAACCUUGUGCAAAGAGAAAGCUAGAUUUUGAGUUAACUUUUUUGCCCAUCAAACUGAUUAUUAGACACAUAAUGGAAGGUUUGCAUUUCUAACUAAAGCAAGCUUGUUCAAAAUACUCUAAAAGCCUUUGUCAAUUCAUAGUUUAUCCAACAUAUUAAAACUUUUUUCAAAAAUAUUGCACUCAGUUGAAAUGCAGUGGUUACCAUCUUGAUUCUCCAUGUUUUCUCUUGUAUCCUCACUUAACAUUAGUUUUAAGCUUUUCGUUUUAGUUCUAAAGGUAGUGAAAUUUUCAGGAGAGUCAAAUGCAACAAAAUUGUACUCAUCGUACAAUGUACUUUCCUUUUAAUCAAAGUGCAUUUUUGUAUUUCCCCCCUCCUAAUUCACAAGGUCCUUAAUUGGAGCAUGAAUGUUCCCAGUGCCUUUCUCAUAACUAGUUCACAGACAUUUUAUCCAUGGUAGUAAGGAUACACCUGUUGCAGUAACCACUCAAUAUCAAAUAAGGCCUUCAUGACUUUCAAAAAAUAUUUCAACUUACAAUUGCAGUAAAACUGUAAUACCUCUUAGCAGUAUACUUCUGUUUGUACUGAAUCUGUGACUCUUUUGCGUUGUGUGUCUUUAGGCCGAGAGUGACCGACACCUAGAUCUCCAAGACUUGUGAAUAUUCUGCAGCUAAAAAUUAUAUACUUUUGGCAUGCAAAGCAGGACAUGACCCCUCUUCAGGAACAAAACUGAGGUCUGAGCAAUACACAAGUGGCCUCAUAACUAUCUGUUUACAACGUAAACAACCAGGGAAUGAAGUACAUCACCAGCAAAAGACUUUGCAAAAUGAAAUUUGUCUUAAGUGUUUUAUGCUUGUAUUAACUGUAGAGAGAUGUAAGAGAUCACAUUAGAAAAUACUUUGUACUGCCAUUCUUAUUGUAUUUUUUAUACUUUUGGCAGCAUUAAAUAUUUUUUUUAAUU